GUUGACAAAGCCAAACUCUUUACUCUUAUCUCUCUUUCUUGCUUCAUUACUCUCUCUCUAUCUCUUUACCUAUAUCUAAAUGGAAGCUCUUAGCUUUAUGAAAUUCUGGUUAACAAACAACAACACAACCAUCAAACCUCGCCAUGAAAUCAGAAUCUCAGAAUCCGCCGUCGAUUCCACCACCGCAUCAGAAGAUCCCGAACUUGACCUCUACGAAGGAGACGAUUCCUUCUUCGAACUCGAGAUCUCUCUCUCCGAUUUCAAAACUCCUAAAGAAAAACAGAGACUCGAAACAACAACAUCAACAACGUUCUCUGUUUCUAACAAAAGCAAAGUCCUUCCUUUCGUCGACAUCACUUCGAAACCACAACAACAAUCUCCGAUCACUCUUUUGAAAUCCGGUCCAAAGUUUCGUGCUUUCUCAUUCAAGAAGUCUGAAAAGUCAACGACGACUGAGAAGAAGAACGAAGAAAACAACAGAAGUCUCAACGUAAGAUUCAGAGUCGACGACGAAUCAACAACAACAAGUUUCAGAAAAACAGCGAGCAUUGCGAGAUCACAACAAACAGACGAUACGAUGUUGGACGACUCUGUUUCGAAGAGAUUCUUCAGUCUUAUAAAACCUUUAUACACUAAAUCGUUGAAGAAACAAAGCAGUAAUGGUUCAUCGUCGUCGAUUACAUCUCCGAUGUCUUCACCGGCGGUGAGGGAGAAACAGAGAAGUAAUAUUCCGUCGGGGAUUCGAAGUGUGAGGAGACAACUUGGCAAGAGUCGGUCAGCUUCUGCAGCGAUCGGAGGAAUGUCUCCGGCGAACAGAGUUGAUGAGUCUUUACAAGUUCAACAAGAUGGGAUUCAAAGUGCGAUUCUUCAUUGCAAGAGAUCGUUUCACGGCUCAAGAGAAUCUUCUUUGUUAUCACGAUCAACGAGUGAAUCUUCUUCACAAGAGAAACUUAGUACUUCUUCGUCUGAAGAUUCGUAUUUGUUUUCAAGGAUUUCAAGCGAUUCAAUGUCGGAGAAAUCGAUUGAUAGCUUGACUUCAAUUAAGGAACAACGGGAGAAGAUUAGCGAUUAGGUUUAAUUUUUAUUAAAAAUUAUGAAAUUAG